AUGGCUCUCAAUUGGGACGCAUUCCUCAAUACUGAGGGUUUCAACCUACCGAACGACCAAUGGUCCGAUCUUUUACCACCUACGUCUGCCCCUCCCAACUCCCAAAUGCCUAAAUCCACCACCACCGACACGUCAGGCUCUUCACCUGAAGACGUCACCAAUUUUGACUCUCUUCUCGGAGGAACAUCAGGCGAUCCUUACUUUGACGACUCCCUGUUCUUAUCCAACGAUUACUUUCUCGGCGACCUUGACGUCCUCAAGCCCUUGGGCAACAACGUCGGUGGCGGCAGAUCAACCACCGAGUCGUCACCCGAGCCUACAGCAGGCACUGGUAACAACUCGCAAUCUCAGACACCGGCAUCGCUGGUGGACCAACUGAGCCAACAAUUACCCCACAUGUCGCCCGCUCAGAGGCAAGCACUUCAACGUGCUAACACCUUUCCUAACCCGGGCUACGAAUCUUUGUUUCCCAACAAUCUGGAAUCCGGUUUCGUUGAAGACCUCACCUUCCCAGACGGCCCGAAAGGAUCUUCAACCGCCACCAAGCCGGGGCUUGAGAGAACUCAAACAACAGUAACAGCAAACACUACCACAAAGCGGACCAAGAAUAAGCCGGACAUACUCUCGGCUUGCUGGACAUCGCCACUAUGCCCUAAUCAUGACCAGAUCGAUGGCACACCACCUAAUCCGUCGACGUGCGGCGGUGGGUGUGCUCCUUUCUUGUUCGCCGACCAAGAUGCUCUUCCAAGCAUUAGCAACCUGCUCUCAGACCCGCAGGAAGUCACCAUUGAGGACGGUGUAGUAGAAAUUCAGCGACGGCCCAAGAAACGAUCUGAAAGCGACGCGUCAGCAAACGGCUUCUCAACACGUCACUCUAGAAACGAUGAAUCUACCACAUCGCCGACAGACGAUCGGCAACGGAUGAAGAGCGAGACCACAGAAGACAAUUCUACAAAAGCGUCGCCUCAAGAUGCCGACGAUGAAAAGCCGAAAUCACGCCGACGACUGCCGCACAACCAGGUCGAGCGAAAAUACCGGGAAUCACUAAACACGCAACUAGAUUCUCUCAAGCGUGUCGUGCCCUCCCUUCAACAAAACAACCGGGCAUGCGACGGCGCCGACAUUGAGGACCUUCCCACACCCUCGAAGCCUAGCAAAGCAGUCAUUCUUGCAUCUGCGACUGCCUACAUCAAGCAAAUGGAGAAGGACAAGAAGAGAGUGGAAGAAGAGAAUCAGCUGCUCCGAACCAGGGUCAAGGCCCUCCAAGCACUUGUCAAGUGCGACGACUGUAGCCUGAUGCAGUACGUCAUGGAUCUCAAGAUCAAGCAGGCGAGUUGA